AUGUCAGACUCCUGCGCUCUCAAUACUGAUGGCACCCUCAAGGAUGCAUCCAAGAUCACGUUCUACAACGAUCCUGACGACGAUGUGCCCUUGCCACCAGUCCCAUCAAACGACCCUGACGACAAUGUGCCCUCAACGGAACCCAAGAAAAACGCCUUCUCAGUUCUACUCAAGACCGGACAUACGCCAGCAACCGUCACUGCAGGCUCUCGGCGCUCUGGCUGCCCUUCCAAGCCCUCAGCUCGUAUCCGUGAUGCUGACAAUGUUGCUUCAUCCUCAGGCACAAGGAAGCGUGCACGCGCAUCAUCUAGUGCUACAGAGCACCCAGUGUCUAAAAAAGUCGCUAUGCGAUUCAUAUCACCUUUGGACUCUGAUGACGAAGAUACGGCUGAUGAAGAUCUCCCUUCGGCUGCUCCUGAUCCAGGAGAAUCACCCUCUGAUGAGCUGAUCCCCCAGCUUGAUGAUGAUGAUGACGAGGCUGAGAGUCAAACUGCGAGUCAAACUGUACGUCGUAUCUUCAUCAUUGUCUUCCUUCACUGA